AUGGACAGUCCUCCGAAGCUGGCCGGAGAGACACUGAUUGUUCAUCACAUCCCUCUCGUGCACUGCCAGGUUUCUGGUUCGCAUCAGCGCUGCGGCAGCCCACUGAGGAAAAGCAACAACCCAUUCAGCUGCCCAGAAAACCUCGGCCUGAUCCGCACCACCUCGCUUCCUGAGAGGGACGUCCUCCAGCGUGAGGCGCUCGUGUACAGCAGCCUGAUCCAGACCUCCAGCUCCAGCGAUGCUUUUGAAGAUGAAGGGAUGAGAGAAGGAGAGAAGAAAGGAGUGAGAGGUGGAAGCAUGGCGAGUGACACUUCCUCUUUCACGUCCAGCAAUUCUGAAGAGGCACUUCCUAAAGUCCUGUCGAAGAAGGUGCACAACAGGCCAAGCUCACUCAGACACAAUCCCUUCCUGCUGAACGCAGGGGAAGACGAUUAUGAAGAUGAUGACGACGAUGACGGAAACAAUCUGAAUGGAUACUUGGAGGAUUCUUCUUUUCACUUGCAUGGAAACUCGAAUGCAGCCUUAGACGACAGAGUGGAGUUGGCUCCGUUCCAUCUGCACGACCUGGGCUACAACUCCGGACCAUUCCAUCUGCAUGAAUCUUUAGAGAAGCCCUGGAGUUCUGACCAAAAGGGGGCUCCUGGGAGGCAUUUUUCUGCCCGUCUCGAGGGUCUUGAUCUUUUGGGUCUGGACAGUCAGCAUCGCCAUGGCAGCAGCGGUUCCACCCUGUCAAUGGACUGUGGAGAGCAAGAGUGGGACGACGAUGACGACGAUCAGUCCAUGCAAGGCGGCCGGGGCAGUUCGGAAUGUUGUGGAUGCUCCCGGACGUAUCCCGAAUCGUUCCCAGACUUUACACAUGGUUACUGCAGCGAUUCAUCCUGCAACAGCUCUGACGGCAUCCUGGUCAACUUCAGUACCAUCUACAACAAGACGAACAACAUCGUCCCUGACAAGCCAAUCAACCUCAACAGCUCCGCCGAUCAGUCCUGCACCUCUUCUGUAUCUGAGCCAGUCUGUAUGGGCGGAGCCGAAUAUGGGAGUGGGGGCGGAGCUUUUUACUUGGACUUGCACAGAUCUCCAACGGAAGCUCCCCAGGAAGUCACCGACCUUCCGUCUUCCUCUUCCUGCCUAUGCUCUUCCCAGCCACAAGGUGGCACAGUGGAGCUUGACGCUAACUGCAAUUCCUAUCACAACCACGAAGGUCUGUUACCCUCCGAGACCUCGGCCAAUGACCUCACUUCCUGUAUGCAGAGCCAGGCACGGCUGGUUGUUGCAACCCAGAACUACUACAAGCUGGUAACCUGCGAUGUUUCAUCACAUUCCUCCCCAAGUCCUGCAGGAUCUUCGGUCACAAGCUGCUCUGACGAACACAGCAAAGGAAGUCCCACCCAGCCCACAGAGUACUUCCUGUUUAGGCACACUAAAGAGCAAGAAGAGGAGGACGAGAGAGAAAAUGCACAGGUCAGCACCCAAAAGCCAUGUGAGAAGAAGGCGGAGCCACUCAUGGGUAAUGCCGACUCCAUGCAUUCAAAUGUGAUUGAGGGACAAGUGUAUGUCAACAUCUCGCCACCUGUGGGCGGAGCUUCGGUCGGGGCCCGUCUUCGUUCCCGUAGCUACGACCGGAACCUGGACAAGACCCCACAGCCUCGUCUGGGCUCUCUGGAGCGCAUGCUAAGCUGUCCUGUGCGUCUCAGUGAGGGUUCCACGACUGGCCCGCCCCCCCCACCACGUGUCACUUCCUUCGCUGAGAUUGCAAGGAAUAAAAGGAAGAACGGCGGCUCUCCUUCUCAGAAGAGUAGUGUUGAAGCCUCUUCUGUUCACUCGCACUCGUCUGGAGAGUUCUCCCCGAUUCACGAAGAUCUGACCUCACUGAUAAGCUCCCCCCACUGGAGCGCAUCACUUAGAGUCUCGCCGGGGGGAGCAGGGAGAGAGACGCGGACCAAAGCAGAAGGUGGACUGUCCAGUUCUGCUGACUCGUCCCCAGCGGUGGUGCGCUACAGUAAAGACCAGCGUCCCACCACGUUACCCAUCCAGCCCUUCACCCUGCAGCAGCAGUUCGGGAAACCGCAGCCGAAGCCCGUCCUCCCUCUGCUGGACGAGUACAUCAAUCACAUGCAGGCUCGUUUCGGCUCCGCCCCAUCCGAGCGGGACGAGGAGGACUCCGACGACGAUGGUCAGCGUCCCCGGCCGUCUCCUCUGGGCAGUUAUUCGCCGCCCCGCUCCCUCUCCUGCCCUGCCCCCCUCUCUCACACCCCGACCGGCAUUGCCCCAGCCACCAAGCUGGCCCCACUACCCCCGACUCCUCCCCCUGCCACCAGGGGGCACUGUUUCCACCGAGCCAACCGCAGUACGUUACCCACGCUGCCCAGCUCCGGCCUCAGUCCGAUGGCACAGCUGGAACCGGGGCGGCAGGAAGAGGAGGUGAACGUACCUCCUGUGUGUAUGAUGCAGAGAGCGCACAACGCACACCACCUCUCCCCACAGGCUCUGAAAUGGAGGGAAUACAGGCGUAAGAACCCUCUGGGUGUGGAGAAGAAGAGAGAUGUCUGCUCUUCCUCUCCCUCCUCCUCCUCCUCUUCUUCCUCUCUGUCUGCUUCUGCUGCUUUGACCGCCAGGAGUCGCACAGUGAGACGCAACGUCUUCGAUUUCCCUCCAUCAAACCACACGCUGAACUUCAGCAGACUCAACGGUCAGUCACUGAGGUGUUACAGUGACCUGCUGCCGGAUUAUUUCUCUCAGACGGAGCGCCCCCCAGAGGAGUUCUGCCUCUCACCUGACGCCACCACUGAAGAGUCCAUCUCCAUCGACCUGCAUCAGAAGAGAGGUCUGGUGAAGGCCAUAAACACAGCAGUGGAUCUGAUUGUGGCUCAUUUCGGCACCAGUCGGGAUGCAGGAGUAAAGGCGAAGCUGGGCAACAGCUCAGUGAGUCCCAACGUGGCUCACCUGAUCCUGAAGUACCUGUGUCCCGCCGUGUGUGACGUGCUGCAAGACGGCCUGCGAGCGUACACUCUCGACAUCAUCAUUGGUCAGAGACGCAAUCAGCCCUGGAGCGUGGUGGAGGCGUCGACACAGCUCGGUCCCUCUACACGCGUAUUACACAGCCUCUUCCUGAAAGUCAGUCAGUACUCAGAGCUGACCAAUCACAGCAUGAGACUCAACGCCUUCAUCUUAGGACUCUUAAACUUACAGUCUCUGGAAUUCUGGUUUAAUCACAUAUACACACAUGAAGAUAUCAUAGCAGCCCACUACCACCCGUGGGGUUUCCUUCCCCUUUCUCAAGGGGCGUGUCAGCCAAUGUUUGAGGAGUUGCUGCUCCUGCUUCAGCCGCUGUCGCUCCUGCCCUUUGACCUCGACCUUCUGUUCGAACCUCAUCAGCUGCAGAAAGGUCAAGAGCACCUGAGACGCAAAGAGCUGCUCUGCUCCACCCGCCAGGGCCUCGACCAAUCAGCUCGCUCCACGUUCCAGCUCAUGAGGGGCCCGAAGGAGCCUAUGCAGCUAAAAGAGGAGGCGGAGUCUAAUCAAAAGGGGGUGGAGCUUCACAGAGGCAGGUUUGCGUUAAGGCGUGAGGGAACCUGGCCUCGGAUGGAUGGGGCGGAGUCUAAAAAACAAGUGCGGAGAGUGAGGAGGAGUGACACGGCAGGUAGCGAAUCAGAGAGCGAAGGGCUCGUGUUGCACGCAGGCAGGAUGAAUGGAGUGGGCGGAGAGGACGAAGAGAGGGAGAGGAGGAGGGAGCGGGAAAGAGAGAGAGACGGAGAGAGAGACAGGUUAAGAAGCAAGCAGGCAGGCUGGUGGUUCCAGCUCAUGCAGAGUUCUCAGGUCUACAUCGAGAACUCUGCUGAGGGCUCCAAGUUUGUCAAGUGGGAGAAGCGCAAGAAAGGAAGUGGGGCUGAGGGGCGGAGACAAAGCAACCCGCCGCCGAGAGUGGGCGUGGUCGAGGGCGCAGAGGCUCAUCACGUGACGGUCGAACAUCCAGAAACUACAGUGUGCAACGACACGCGUCAUACCGCCAGCACCAGAACCAGAACCUUUCCCCAAUCAGAGCCGUCCAAAGUGAUUAAAGGGAAGCCCUCUUGGAUGGGCAGUCCCCCGGAGUCGGUGCUGAGUGAGCUAAAGAGGACGAACGAGACGCAGCCGGAGGGGGCAGAAGCGGAAACGCAGGCGGCUCAGAACCUACGCUGGGGCCGACUGUUUGGAGCCGGAAACAUCAGCAAAACAGAGAAAACAGAACCCAAAUCAUCCAAGAACCCAAAAAGCAGGCUGCCGUCGGGUUGGCUGAGUCUGGAUCGAGCCAUGCUGGAUUUGGUGGUGCAGUCUGUUGGGAAAAGGGCGGAGCCUCAGGCAUUAAACACACACAGUGCAGAGACGAAACACAGCCAAACACAGCAGGACCAAACGCAGGAGCCCAACAGACAGACGACAGCUGCACGUGAGGUGAGGGCAUUGUGCCACCACAUCGCCACGGAAACAGGUCACCUGAGCUUCCAUAAGGGCGACGUGCUGCGGGUCCUGAGCAGAGCGGACUCUGAUUGGCUGCUGUGCGCCCUCGGCGACGCCCACGGCCUGGUGCCGAUCAUCUACGUUACGUUAAACGACGAGGAGAGCGAAGACCCUCGAGGGUCACAGUGAACACACACACACACACACACACACCCACACACACACACACACACACAGUUUGGGAUGAGCAUCUUCAUUCAGUUUGUGAUUCUGUGCUUAAGGAGUAAAUCCCAGCUCUGAUAAAGCGACAGGAUAAACAAACAUGGCUAACGCUAAUCUUAAUCUUAAAUACGUAUGGGUAUUGUAAUAUUUAUUGCCUGCUGUAAGAUAACAUUUGAUAACAUUUGCCAUGCAAGAGAAACACAAAAAAAUCAGUGUCAUGAAACUACAAAAGAUCAUGCUAGGCGCUAAUACUAUCCCUCACUGUUAGCCGUAUUAGCAUUGCCAAGUUUCCCGCUGACUUGUUGCUAAAACUAUGUAGCUCUCUCUCUCUCUCUCUCUCUCUCUCUCUGUCUGUCUGUGAUCUUUAUUAUGGUAUUACGACGGGUUUUUUUUUUUUUUUUUUUAUGCACAUUCAAGACGUGAUUAGCAUUUAGAAAAUCUAGCAACCCAACACACUCGCAAAAGACGCGACGUCGUCACAGCAGCCCGAUCUCAUGAACAUGUUAAUCGGCGGCAGUGUUGCUCUCGACGCCUGUAGGACUGUAUGUUUUUAUAGAAACACGUACGAUUUCGUGUAAAUAUAUGGUCUGACAUUGUGUACGUAAACCAUACAGAAGCAGUCAUAAUGAGGUUAUAACUAGGGCCAGAGCGAUAUGAACAUGCUCGUGUCUACAAAAAAACUUCCUCCUGUGAGUGAUUAGCGCCCCCUGGGGACCAACAGCGCGUCAUGCUAACUGUUCCAAAAAAAAAAAAAAAAGUUAAAUUUGAGAAGGUUCAGCUGCACAAAUCUGAUUUCUUACAAAAGUCCAGAUAAUUAUUAACACGACUGAAUAACGAUGACUGUUAAUCAUUACUGAUUAGUUUAUACCUGUAACUAAGACGAUUCGAAUUUGGUUGUUUUGUUUCGUAGAGGUGCUUCACGUUAUCCCUUACGACGAGCGCCACAGACUCUGAACUGAUGAAACGUCCAUUUUGAAUUUGACGUGAGGAGCACAAACACACACUUCUCCGUCCAGUCAUCUUUAAACAUCUGUUUAUGUCAUCGACUUUCCUUUAAAGAAGCCAUGUUAUCAGUUAACUAAACAAACCAGAGAGUGUAAAUAAAAUUAAAAACGUACCAAAGUGUAUGAAAGUGUGUUUUCACACUGAGCCAGUCUUUAGCUCUGUAGCUAGUCUCUGGUCCAGUUAGAUGCCUUCAGCUAAAUAAUUUACAUAACUGAAUAUGAUUGGAGAAACUAAAACAGAGGAUCUGCCAGAAGCUAGAAGAAACUAUGGACAUACGUUUAUCAGCUCUGUUACAGUUUUUUUCUCGAGUACUCGGGUCAGUCUGCGUCCGGACCACGGUCCGAUAACUGACGAGCCCUGAUACAGAACAUUUAAAGAGACGCUGCUUUAUCUUUCGCCUCGACACCCUUAACAUUGACAUAUUGCUCUGGCGCUAGUUAUAACAAACGCAACAUAUUAAACGUAAAGAUUAGCGCACGUCCGUAGUUCACGUCCCAGUGAGCUCGGGUGUGGUGAAGGUUUGCUAAGCAGGUCCUUCAUGACGUUAUCCUUUUUUUAAAAAGAGUGUUGUGUUGAUCUAUCGCAGUUCUUUAGGUAACGUUAGCGCCUGCAGUGAUGUUUCUCGGAGUUACGGCAGCUUAUUUAAUUUAAUGGUUCAUUUUAUACAGCGAUAGCAGCUAACUACCAAACUACUAAGCUAUUUAUGUUUACUUCAGUGACAGCCUCUCACAGGAAUGCUAGCUUUAGCGAAUAUGCACAUUUUUAUUUUAUUUUUUUUAAAUUGUUAACCUGUUUUCAUUUAAUGUGGCAAUAUGUGACGUUUAUGUGAGCAGUAUAGCUAACCAUGUGGGUGAUUUUAGCCAAUGAGACGUCAGGGCGGAGCAGUUCGGCGCAGGGACUCUGUAUAACGUUGAGUUAGCAACUACACCAUCUGUAUUACUGAAUACACAUGAAGGGGAAUACAUAGACACUUCCUGAGACACACCAGUGAACUCUUCGCAUCAACUUCCUGCUGUUCUGACCAAUCAGAACGCUUUAGAGCAGGACUGAGGGCGGGGCCUGGGAAUUUCUUGCAUGUCAGACUAUUGACUUGAGUUUAAAACUGAACUGGAAUGUGUCUCGUAUUCAACGCCAACCUACACGUCUUCAUUUGCCCCGCCUACAGACACCACCUUCUGCUGGAGGAGGGAAAGGAGGAAGCUGGCACUAGCUUUAGCCUUGCCGUUAACAUUAGCUGCUUAACGAACACUAUGGGUUUGUGUAUUUUGACUCUUUAUUUAUAACGCAUUUUAACUAGGCAUGUGCCGAUAUUCAGGUGCACGAUAUAUCGUGAUAUUCGUCAACACGCACAUUCAGGAGGAGAGAUGAAGUCUGUCCAAAUAAAGUCUGGACAAAUUUAAAGACGUGUCUUUCUCAGAGACGACAAUCCUGUAGAUCUUUUCACUGGACAAGAGUGUCAUAAGAGCUGUGUAGAAAACAUGGAGUACGGAAUAUAUCAGGGUGAAUGUAUCGCUAACGUCGCUCGUAAACGUGGUAUUUUCACAUUUAAACACUGAAAAUUAGAAAGUUAAAUAUCGGCACAUGUCUACUCUUUUCCAGGGACAUUUUCCAAGAGCGACCAACUUACUAAUAGGCAAGUGAAAGAAAAUAAUUGUAUGUUUAAUGGAGUUUAUUGUACUGAAGGCAUCAUGGGAAUGUAUUUAUUAUUGUAUUUAUUGUUCUGUCUGUAAGGCACCACUUUAACGUCACUAGACCUAAAAAAAAAAAAUGUCAAAUAUCCACAACGGAUAAAACAGGAAUCUCUGACUGACCUAAAACUGUUCGCUGUGUUAAACAGGAAGUGUCAGUCAUGGCGUACUGAGCAUUUAUGGAACAGUUUGGGGGAAAAGGCAAAUUUUGUGAGUCAAGUGCCAGUAAUCUGACGUAUACAGUAGGGAUGGGCGAUAUGAUCAGAACAUCACAUCACGAUACUUCAAAGCAUUUCUGUGAUACACGAUAUGUAAUUUAUGAUUUAACUGAAAUGAGGGGAAAAAUUCUGUAUAAAAUUUUAACAUUUUACAAUUUUAAAGAUUCAGCUCAAAACAUUAGCAUCUAAUCAGCGUUUGUAAUUGUUAUAAAAAUACUGACGAUGUCGGAGAGAUCUCAGAAAAGUGUAUUAUCAUCAUAUCGCCCUGCUGUAAUUACAGGAUGCUGUAUACUGUGCACAGACGAGGCGUUUAUCGUGAUAUGAAAAUGUAAUAUCAGCACAUGCCUAGUGCUUAUAAACUCCCACGACUUCGCCUUACAGCCUAAUAUGUUAAUAUUUUUAUUUACAAACGAACCCGUGAUUUAAAAGGGAUUUUCAGCUGUGGCUUUGGGAAAUGUGUCAUUAUUCUAAACGCUAGCAUCAUAUUGCACACUAAUUUAUUUACGUCUUCACUUGCCUGUAAGUGAACCUGACUCGUAAGAGAAUAAUGUUAUUACUGAAAAUUAUAUUGAUUUGUUUUUUACAGAUUACGACAACAGCUUUGGUUGACCAUGUCACGUUAUAAUUAUUAUUAUUUUUUUUUUUUUUAAGUUUUAUCAUUUUAUAUUAUUUUCUAAUACAGAAAAUGCAUUUUAUUCAUGAAUUUAUUCAGUCACGCUUGUAAAUAUGUGACAUUCUUGAAAGACUAUGCUAAUGUUAUUUGAAAUUGUUAUUAACAGACGUUACUUGAUAGAAUUAACAUGUAAUAAUACGUCUAUUUAAAUAGGCUGUACAGAACAGCACUGUUAUACGGGAAGUUGUUAGAGGAAGUAUGUUCUAGAGUUUAGUUUUGCUCUGCAUUAUGUUUGUCACUUUCACUCUUCUGUCACCUAAACACACACACACACACACAGAGAGACAGAGAGAGAGAGAAAGAGAGAGAGAGAGAGAGAGAGAGGUUGAUAAUAGACUAGUGCCUUUUUGUAUCACAGCGACGCUAACUUCAGGCUUCAGGGCGGUAAACGUAUUGUAGGGACAGACACACACACGUCUUGUGAUGGUACCAAAGGAGGAAAAUAUGAAAUCAUAGUAAUCUACGUUUUCAAAAAGCUGUAAAUUAAAUACAUUUUCUACAUUGUUUUGCUGAACUGUUUAAGGCUUUGUGCGGUUUAGAGUUUAUAUCCCGAACUUUCAAAGCGACCAGGCCACAGGUCUGAGAACAGUUUUGAAUCAGUGAUUAAACCCAGACAGAUGUUUGUCCGAAGCAAACGGAUCCUGCGUUCACACUAGCAAGCAAUUCAGCGACAUUUUAAUUUUCCCAAUUAAUUUUCAGUGUCAUUGUAGAUUCUCAGUGUUAUGCAAAUUAGGUAUGAUGCAGUAAAGCGACAAAUCCAAACAAUCGGCUCAAACGAUUCCUCUGACUAAUCCUAUGGAACUUACGGUCCGAUGUUUCUUCAGUUCUUUCUUCGACUCAGAUCUUUAGCUCAUAUCUGAAAUUACUAUUUGAUGCAAAAAUGGAAGGAAAACUUGGACCCAUGCUACAAAUGUGAACGAAAGAUGAGGAUAAAACCCGACAAUCCCGAUGAUGGUGUCUGUCAAAUUGAAGCAAUGACAGCGCCAUCUUUACAUCAUCAGUAAACAAAAACAAAAUUACGACUCAACACCAGUCAAUUCCAAACAAGUUCCCCGAGCUGCCACAACUGCGAUUUGUGAUUCUGAUUCAAGCCCGUCUACUAUCACAGACCCAAGGACCAAAACUGAGCAGUCAGCUAAAGAUCCAGAGCCGAAAUAGAAAGCAUUAGAUUAGAUGCUUACAUUAGAUUGAACAAAUACCCAGAGACACAAACUAAAUUCAAAUUAAAUUUAGCACCUGGAUUGGAUUUUUGCGAACGUCUCGAAUAACGAAUCUGUAGUUCAGCUGAUUAGAUGGAGAAUAUCCAGAUGAAAGUACGAGAAAGUAAAAGGAAGUGUUUUUGUAGCUCAUCAGAUCUCAGUUAGUGAGUGAAGUUUGUUUUCUCUCUCUCAGCUCUGUUCCUCACAUGGGGCUAACCUGUUUCAACUCUGAAACAUGCUGUACAGUAGAAAAUGAGGAAAGCACAUUUAACAUAAAGGUGUUGAUGGCUGUAAAGUCUACAAAAAAAAAAAAAAAAAAAAGCUGUGUUUUUUUUUGUAAGUGUUGAUUGGUUAGACAGCUAGUACUUUAAAGGCCUGAUGUAAGGAACGGAGCUCCUCCUUUCCCCUCAUCCUCCUGUACGAUGUGUAUGACAUCACCAACCGUGUAUGGAGAUCAAAUACAAAGUGCUCAUGUGACCGAC